AUGUCGGCCUUCUCGUCCGCUCCCAUCGUCAUCGACGGCAAGGGUCACCUCCUUGGUCGUCUCGCCUCGAUCAUCUCCAAGCAGGUGGGUAUCGACAGAUCCAAAUUCGGAAGGGAGAGCGCGAGGAAUUUCGCACUCGGAAGAAACGAGUCCAGGAGGAGGAGAGGCAGGGACACGGGGCCCAGUGGACGAGUGACUGGGAAGCGGACGUUUGGAGGGAGGAGGAGACCAGGAAGCGGACGACUUGGUGGAGGAGGAAUGGACUCUAGGCUCGGACCUUUGCGCAAACCUGCCAACAUUGCUAACCACCAUGAACAGAUCCUCUCGGGCCAGAAGGUCUCGGUUGUCCGCUGCGAGGAGAUCAACGUCUCGGGCUCGUUCUUCCGCAACAAGCUGAAGUACCACGCCUACCUCAACAAGCGCCACCUGGUCAACCCCAAGAAGUCGGGUCCCUUCCACUUCCGCGCUCCCAGCCGCAUCCUUUACAAGGCCAUCCGCGGCAUGGUCCCCCACAAGUCGGCCCGUGGUGCCGCCGCCCUCCGCCGCCUUGAGCUCUUCGAGGGUGUCCCCCCCGCGCAGGACAAGGUGAAGAAGAUGGUUGUCCCCGCCGCCCUCCGCGUCCUCCGCCUCAAGCCCGGCCGCAAGUACGCCACCCUCAAGCGCAUCUCGCACGAGGUUGGAUGGGGCUACAAGGACGUUGUCGACCGCCUCGAGGAGAAGCGCAAGGUCAAGGGCCAGGCUUACUUCGAGCGCAAGCAGGCCGCCCGCGCCCUCCGCGCCAAGGCCGCCGCCUCGGCUCCCGCCGACGAGAAGCUCGCUGCCUUCGGCUACUAA